ACAGUAAUCUGGGCUGUGUGAGUCAGUGCUGUGGAGAGCAAAGACAGAAAGACAGAGACACGUUUCCCUCUCACGAGCGUCAACAAUGCAGAAGAGCAGGAUGGGAAAACUGAGCGGCUAAGCAAGAGGAGGAAGUGAGCAAGCCAUAUAGAAAGCAAGAGGGGGCAGACACCGACAUUAGGAGGGAGAGAGGCAAGAAGACAGAUCGACAGCUUCUUUUGGAGAGUCACCUUUUUGCUGUUGCAAAGAGGACUGUGGAACAUUGCUGAACCGGACUGACAGCAGUGACAAUCUAAACUAAUCCAGAGGAAGAGGAAGUUUACUAGUUAGAUUUUGGAGGUGGCAGCAGGUUUAAGACUCAACGAGGUGCAGGGAUGUCCUGGUUGUCUCCGGUCCAGUGGGCCAAAUGGACAUGGUCAGCAGUGACUGGGGUCGCCGGGGACGAGGGGCAGCCUAGAUCCAAGGAUGGCCGAGAGGACAAUUCAGACUCAGAGGGGUCCUUUGAGACUCCAGAAGCGGAGUCUCCAGGUGUUGUGAAGCUACUGAGCCAACUGGACAACUCCAAGUACACAGGUCUUCCUGAUGUUACAAACCAAUUUCUGGACAGGAACUCCAACCAGAAUGUAGGCCCAGUUUCACCCCAAGAGGUUAACUCACAGAACAACCUCACUGGCUCCUCACCUAACGACAGCAGUUUUGGUUUGGAUCAGAACCUCAACCUGACCUUCAGCAGCAGACCCAGUCCUGGACAGGGCCUCUCCCCGUCCAACACCCUCCCCCAGCCUCAAGCACUCCGACCCCCCUCCCUGUCUGUCCUCUCCCCACUAAACAGACCCGAUCCUUCUGAGGUGGACGACGAGGCUCCGGCGACGUCUGAUUCCAGCCCCGACUCAAAUUUGAUCCGCUGUCAUGACAUCUGUGUGGACCCUGACUUGCUUAAUGGCAACAUGAACUCUGACACUGUGCCGUCGAACACAAAACUGACCUGUGAGACCAGCAACACAAUUAUAACGAACUCCUGUAAAUUGAAGCCGAACCAGCCAAUUCAAAAGGACUUCAGCACACAGGACGACCAUCAUGGAGACCACGCCACAGAUGAGGAGAAGUUGGCGAGCAGUGGUGUCAAACCAGACAAGGACGAAAGCGUUCAAGACUGCCGUGUGACAUCAACACCCGAUGACUGCUGCUCCGUGCAGUAUGAGAACUCAUGCAAGCUGAAGAACAAGUCAGAGGGAAGUGAAAUGGAGAAAACAGGAAGUCAGGUCCUGGAUUCCAUCUGCAUCAGUGAGGCAGAAAAACAGGCCGUUCUCGCCCUCAUUAGAGAGGAGAUCAUCACUAAAGAGGUGGAAGCCAACGAGUGGAAGAAAAAGUACGAGGGCAGCAAACAAGAAGUCACAGAGAUGAGGAAGAUUGUUGCAGAAUAUGAGAAGACAAUCGCUCAGAUGAUCGAGGACGAGCAGCGCAACAACCAGAGUUCCCAGAAGGCUUUGCGCAUUGUGACGACGGAGAAGGAAGCCGCUCUAGCAGACCUGAACUCCGUUGAGCGCUCUCUUUCUGAUCUGUUUCGGCGUUAUGAAAAUAUGAAGAGCACCCUGGAGGGCUUUAAGAAAAACGAAGAAGUGCUGAAGAAGUGUGCUCAGGAGUAUCUGGCCAGAGUCAAGCAGGAGGAGCAGAGAUACCAGACACUUAAACUCCAUGCUGAGGAGAAACUAGACAAGGCCAAUGAGGAGAUCGCUCAAGUGCGUACAAAAGCGAGUUCAGAGAACAUGGCGCUGACCGCCAGUCUGCGGAAGGAGCAGAUGAAGAAUGAGUCUCUGGAACAAGCUCUGCAGCAGAAGAACCAAGAGAUUGAGGAACUCACCAAGAUCUGUGAUGAGCUGAUUGCCAAAAUGGGAAGAAUAGACUGAGAGACACACCUGUGAAUCGGCCACUACCGUCCCUCCGGUCCUGCCUAACAGUGACACCCUGUGCAUGCCCCCCAGCCAAGAAGCAGCUCUCAUACCCUCUGCCAGCCCUGCAUCACAGAGACUGCUUAUGUACAGAUGUCUAAAGUAACGUCCUGUAUACUACAAUUGCACUACUUGUGACCAGAAUCAAGACAGUUCUGUACAUGUACAUGUAUGUGGUCACGUUGUUUUGUAUGCAUUUUCGCCCAUUAUGAGGCCACCUGGACCUCUCGUGCUUUUGUCCAUCAUGCCUGUGAGCAACAGCCUGCUCGUGACUCACUUAAAUUCCCAGCAGCUUAACAGCUAAAUUCCCAGCAGGUCCUCCAACUAGAUGACAUCAUGCUGCCGGGGGUUGUUUUAGAGUUGCAUUUAGGCAUACAGUAUAUUUCAAUGUGCUUUGACAAGGAUUGUUUUAUAUUAAACCAACAAUCCAAAAAAAUUAUUUUUCUAUUACAUAGACAAGGAUUUUACUCUGAAAGAGCAAAGCUCAGGGGUGUUGUGUGGGGCAGAAUGAGGUCAGGGUAAAAGUCCCUCUGCAAAAGAGCUGGAGAAAAGGAUUUGGGAUUGUUUGAGGAAGAACAGUAGUCCUCGGUGGCCUUGGUUUGUUCAGGAGGGACUCUGAAACCAGAAUGAGUCUAGACCACAUGACAGUGAAACUAAAGCUACAAAUAAUUCACAGCAUUUGGGACACGUGGGAUUCUGGACAAUUCAAGUAGCUGAAGAAUAUUUAUCAGUCAUAGAGAAGUAUAAUAAUCUGACAAUCAUAGACUUUCCUGUGAUUGUAUAAACUUUGUGACAGUAUCUUGUCCAAUCCACAAAGUCACAAGACAACUUUAUAAUAAUAAAGUUAAAAUAAACCACCACUUUACAUUAACCAUCCUGUGUUAUGGAAAAACAUAGUGACUAAAGAUUCCGGAUGAAUAUAUUUUAAACUGUUCUAAGAUGUGCUGCAAAAUGUUAAAAACCAUCACAGUGUCACAGACUGAGUUUCAACUAAUCACAUUUACCAUGAAGGAAACUACUUACCAUGAAAGAGUUUGACAGCUUUAUGAGAGGUUUUGCCUGUUGCUUAUGUGCAGUGAAGAUGUGAGUAUUUGCAGCAGUGUAGUAGUUAUUCCACAGAUAAAUCUUUUUCUUUGCUUGUUUAUUUUGAUAAAUAAAAUAAUAACAAUAAAACUAGUUGUGUCCAGCACAGCUCUUUAGUAAUGACUUAGGAGGCUGUCACUUAGUAACUGGGUAUCAGUGAGGAUACUUCAGGAAUGGUGCCGGUAUUGCUUCUGAAAAAAAAAAAAAACAGUACUUUCCUUUUCCUACAGAAGAAAUUUUGAAAAUGGAAAAAAAAAUUCCAUUUAACAAAAUAAGCCAAACGUCAUUGUUUAUUGAAUGCUUAAUGCAAACUACUCUUUGCCUCAAUACAACACAGAAUAAAAUGUACAAAUCUACUGAAUCAGGCAAUAUUUGGUCAAAGAAAGUGAAACACGAAAAUCUGACAAAGCAUUUAGUUCUAAUUUUUGGUCAGUCACUAUUGGAAAAAGUGUAAAAGUCUGAAACCAUGUAAAUCCACUUCUGACACAAACCCACUCGUGUGCCACAGUUUAUAUUUGUGCCAUUCUAAUGUCAUGUUACCUCUUGUUACUCAGCUGGUUUUUCUUUAUUUUUAGAAAAUAUUGUUUAGCCACUUUAGAAAUGCCAAUCUCACACUUGUGUUGACACAUUGAGGACUAACAGCGUGGGUUUCUGUACAUCUGCCUGAAUAAACAUAAAUAUAAUUUCUUCUACAGUAA